GAUCCAUCAACUUGUCUACGCAACUGACUAAGUCAUCGCAAGUAGUACUUCAGGGGAACGACCAUCGUCGCAAGGGAAAGAUGCCUGUCCAGCUACUAGACGGACGCGUGGUUCUUUCCCAUCCAAAGGACGCAUCUCUCGAGGUUCUACUCUUCGGUGCUACCGUCACAUCGUGGAAGGCUGGAUCGCACAGAGACCCACAACCUUCCGAGCGGCUAUUCUUAUCAUCUAAAGCCGUUCUUGAUGGUUCCAAGCCAGUUCGGGGUGGCAUUCCCAUCGUGUUCCCAUGCUUUGGUCCACCGGUCCAUCCCGAACACUCCCGCCUCCCUCAACAUGGCUUCGCUAGAAGCGAACUUUGGAAGUUCGACAGCGUCGUCAUGGAUAACGAUGCUGGUGUCUCCGUGAGGUUGACUCUGGAACCAACGCCGGAGAUUGCAGCCAAAUACAACCGACCAUUUCAUCUGGCAUACGUGCUCACUCUGGCGGAACAUCAAUUGAGCGCAGCCCUUCACGUCACUAACACCUCGACUUCUGCCGACUUCCCCACUGAUAACCUUGAAUUCCAAGCCUUGUUUCACACUUACAUCCUCGCUCCUGCGGAUCAAGUUCUCAUCUCCCCGUUGCAAAACGUCAGGUAUUAUGACAAGACAGCAGCGGCCGAGGAAGACCGAAACUUGGCGAGGGUGGAGUCCAGGUUAGGGGUCGAUGUCCUCAAGCUCACCGAUUCCGUCUACGAGGAUGCACCACAGAUAUACGACGUAACAUGGCCUGGUGGAGGAUUAGAGAUAAAAACAAAUGCUUUGAAGGAUGUUGUCAUUUGGAACCCGCAAAGGGAUGCUGGAAGUAGAAUGGCAGACAUGGAGCAUGCCGGGUGGGAAAGGUUCGUCUGCGUCGAACCGGGUUAUGUGAGGGGAUUCGCAAAGGCAGAGCCCGGAAAGACGUGGAUUGGACAGCAAGUUCUCUCCGUAAUCCAGGAAGAAAGGAGAAUCACUUAAUGUUGGUUGUUAUAUUGGACGGAGUGUGGCCAUUUGUACAGAAGCAGGCAGUUUUUUGUGAUAGGAAAUAUUUGUUGUGUCGAUCAAGUUGUGGUUCUACCGAUGACUAAGCAGGAAACGGUUAACAUCUGACAGAUGCAUCCAGUCAUUGUACCUUCAUUCCUUGCUCCGU